AUGAAAAUUGUCUCAUUCAAAAACCUCAAAACACUUCGUAAAAUAAUCAAAAAUGAAAAUGAAUUCCAGAUACAGCUAUAUACACUGGAAUCAUUUGAAAUGUUAGAAGGAUGGCUUGAAUAUCAAAAAAUUGAAUACAAAAAAGCAUUUGCCUCAAGCUAUGAUCCAUAUACUGUAGAAUUCACUGUUCUAUUCAAGGACACUGAUAAAUUCGAAGUUGCUAACAAUUCAAAGGUGAUUCUAUUCAGUAAUGAACGUGAUCGUAGAUUUGUCCCAUACAAAUUCAAAUUGACUGAUGAUGAAAAACAGUCUGUAUUAAAUGAUAGAAAAUUGUAUGAACAAAACAAGAAACUAUCAGUCUGUAGUGUGAUGCGUAGAAAGGUCUCUGCUCCCAGUUUCAUUGCAAACAAUCUGACAUAUGCACAGUGUGUAAUUGUCUUCUGCCUACUCAGUGAAACCAGAUUCAACAAAUUAUUGAAUGAAAUCAAAAAUGUGGAUGGUGAUCUCAAUAACAGAACUAACAUCAAACUAGAAAUUAACGAACUGAUCAAACACAAAAUACUCACAAGAAGAAAUGAUUUCUGUAAGUUGAAUAUAACAAAGGAAACCAUAAAAGAAAUCUGUAAACGAAUUGGAUUGGACAAGGUUUAUUCAUGA